GCUCGGAAACUUAAAAAACUUCGGGGAAGUCAAAAGUCGCGAACGUCUGCUUAAGAGAGUGCCAAGUAUUCUUACAGGCAGUUUUGCAUUCAACGGCUACAUUACAUUCAAAAACAUGACUGACUGGUCAAGCGGUUUGUGCGCCUGCUUCGAAAAUGUUGGCAUCUGUAUCAAGACCUAUUUCUGCCCGUGUAUAGUUGCGGGGAAAAUCGGUGAAGCUUUGGGAGAAAAUUGCUGCUACCACGGGUUCUGCUCUCUGAUGGGCCCCAUCGGAAUCUACUGUGGCGCCCAAAAUCGAGGAAAACUCCGAGAUAAAUUCCAAAUUCCGGGAACGUUUGUUAACGACUGCCUUAUGCAUUGGUGCUGUCCAUUCUGUGCGUACGCUCAGGAGGCCAGGGAACUUCAAUCCCGUAUGCCGGCCGGUAGCUCCAUGGCAAGAUCAUGAUUCUGAAGAAAUCGAAAGCAGCGCUGUUUCUUUCCAAGAAAUCUGCCUUCAACCCUCUUUUUUAGUGUGUGUUUCUAAGCCUGUAAUUUUUAUUCUUACUUUUUAUGAUAUUAUUUUGUUUUAACGUUUUAUGCACGACGAAUCUUUUUUUUUUUCUUUCAGUUAACAUACCGUGUAGCAAUAGACGUGGGAUAUUAAAUUUCAUAGCUAUAAUAAACAGAUACGCACCCACGUGUGUAAACCAAGUGAUCUCA